AUGUUGUUCAGCGCACAAACGGUUAAAUAUUCCCCCAACGCCGAUACUUCUGCGUUUGCUGAAGAUGCCGCGUCCGCCUCACACCUGUAUCUUUAAAACUCUUGUCUUUCCCCCCGAUCGCGGUCGCAAAGAUGCCGUGACAAAGCCCCUUACUGGAAUUAUUUAUAAAGAGUCUCUUUUUGUUCCUGUGACCAGAUCUAUGUUUCAAGAAGUGCGUUUUUUCCCCCACAGCGUUUAGCACGUCUUUCGGCCGUUUCGGGUCACUCUCCAGGUAUCUCACUAACCAGGCUGCCUUGUUGGCCACUGAGCCCUUAGGUGGAGCAGCCAGCACGCACUUCUAAUGCUCUCGAUCCGCCACAUGCAGAGGAGACACGGGCUUUCUCCUGCAAGGACUGGCAGUGGCACAAAAGAGAUCUGCCGUCCGUAUUUAUUCGCCGGGGUAAAUGCAGAGCAAUCAGGAUUUUGUGAAGUUCUGCGCCGUAUCCUGGCGUAACCUCGUAUUGUGCGGACUUUGAAGGCGAAACGGGGGAGAGGGGAAGCCAGAAAUAGCCGCUCCUGUCACGGACACUUGCAGCACAGCGCACGACUAGUAAAACUGGUAACCAGGAGGGCAUGACUAACUAGUUGUGUUGGGAGGGGAGAAAUUAUGGGAUGUAUCGCCAUGGCAACAGACCAGACGUCACAAUCUGGGCAUGUGUGUUCCAUUUUUGUCUCUUUUUUAUUUUCAGACUGGAGGAUUUGGACAGAGAAGAGGGAGAGGGGAAAGAGAAUUUUUUUGCUCCUUAAAAAAAGAGGGCAGCCAUCUUUCUUGAAAAAAAUAAAUAAAUAAAAUAAAAAGGGUCUCAGUCAGUGCUGAACGGAUUUCGUUUCGUGUAGACGUUUCCAAAGUGCGUUGGGGUUAAGUUUUGCGGUGCACUUUGCACUAUAGCUGGAGUGUGAUUUUUUUGUGAAGGUGCCGUAUGCGGUAAAGAUGCCGGGGUCGCUAAGUAAUGAAGACGAGGGUCAGGACGACAUGGAUUUCGAAGACGAAAUGCCAGACGAGGACGAGGAGGCUGAGGUGAUGCCGGUUCCCUUGGCGACCCUGGACCGGCUGUUUUCCGAAGAUGGUCCGCUUACUGAGUCUAAGAAGAAGAAAAAGCACAAGGUAAAGGAGAGCAUGACAGCCAAGGUGAAGAAGAGGAUGAAGGAGGGCGGUGCCAGCGACCCGGAGGACGCCUCGGAGCGGGAGGACGAGCUGGGGGAGCAGUCCGAGAGCGAGAACAGCAGCUAUGCCCCCGUCAAGAAGAAAAAGAAAAAACCGAAGGAGAAGAAAGAGAAGAGAGUCAAACGGAGGAAGAAAGAUGAAGAGGAGGACGAGGAUGAAGACGAUGGCGGGAUGAAGGAACCGAAGUCCUCCUGUCAGCUGAUGCAAGAAUGGGGUCUUGAGAAUGUUGAAUACACCUUCUCCGAAGAAGACUACCGGACCCUCACCAACUACAAGGCCUUCAGUCAGUUUCUCAGGCCCCUUAUUGCCAAAAAGAACCCCAAAAUCCCCAUGUCCAAGAUGAUGACAGUGCUUGGCGCCAAGUGGCGGGAGUUCAGUGCCAACAACCCCUUCAAGGGCACCUCCGCUACUGCCGUGGCUGCAGCCGUGGCCGCUGCCGUGGAAACGGUCACCGUAGCAGCCCCCAUCUCUAUCGGCAGCACUCAGCAGUCUUCUCAGGGAGGGGUCGUCCGAAAAGCCAAAACCAAAGAAGGAAAGGGUCCCGGGGUGAGGCGGAAGUGUAAGAGCUCCAAGGAAAACAAGAAGAAAGGCAAGGGCAAAAAGACGAAACCGAAACACGGGCAGAGCGGGAAGAGGAAAAAGGCAUCGUCGAGUGAAGAGGACUUCUUCGAGGAGUCUGACUUUGAUGAUGUCAGCAUCCACAGUGUCUCUGUACUCUCGGACACGUCUGUGGCACCCAAGAAGAAGGCCCGGAGGGGGCGCAAGAAGAGGAAGAGAGAGGACGGGGAUGGCUAUGAGACAGACCACCAGGACUACUGCGAGGUGUGCCAGCAGGGCGGCGAGAUCAUCCUGUGUGACACCUGUCCGCGGGCCUACCACCUGGUGUGCCUCGACCCCGAGCUGGAAAAGGCCCCGGAGGGCAAGUGGAGCUGCCCCCACUGUGAAAAGGAGGGCAUCCAAUGGGAAGCCAAAGAUGAUGAUGAGGAAGAGGAGGAUGCUGCUGGUGAGGAAGAGGAUGACCACAUGGAGUUCUGCCGGGUGUGCAAAGACGGUGGUGAGCUGCUUUGCUGUGACACCUGCCCAUCCUCCUACCACAUCCACUGCCUCAACCCCCCCCUGCCCGAGAUACCCAAUGGGGAGUGGCUCUGUCCACGCUGCAUGUGCCCUCCCCUGAAAGGAAAGGUACAACGGAUUCUUCACUGGAUGUGGGGGGACCCCCCCUUGCCUCCCGAAGCCCCACCCAGUGCUGAAGGGGAGACAGGCAUGCCGCUGUGCAAACCCCCCCUGAAGGGCCACCCCGAGAGGUUGUUGUUUGUGAAGUGGGCUGGUCUCUCCUACUGGCACUGUUCCUGGGUCAGCGAGCUGCAGUUGGAGCUGUACCACACAGUCAUGUACCGCAACUACCAACGAAAGAAUGACAUGGAGGACCCUCCACCCUACGACUAUGGCUCCGGCGAUGAGGAGCUGAACAGCGAGAAGCGCAAGAGCAAAGACCCGCAGUACGCCGUCAUGGAGGAGCGCUUCUACCGUUAUGGUAUCAAGCCUGAGUGGAUGAUUAUCCACAGGAUCGCCAACCACAGCUUUGAUAAGGAGGGGGACGUGCAUUACCUGAUCAAGUGGCGGGACCUUCCCUACGACCAGUGUACCUGGGAGGUGGAUGACUUUGACGUCCCUGAGUACGAUCGAUUCAAGCAGUCCUACUGGGACCACAGGGAGCAGAUUCUUGGGGAAGACAUCCGCCCCAUGGUGGUGAGGAAGGGGAAACGGGCCAAGGAGGAGGGGAAACGGGAACGCCCCCCUGAAACUCCAUUGGUGGAUCCGACCAUCAAAUUCGACCAGCAGCCCUUUUACAUCAAUGCCACAGGGGGCACCCUACACCCCUACCAACUGGAGGGCCUCAACUGGCUGCGAUUCUCCUGGGCACAGGGUACCGACACCAUCCUGGCUGACGAGAUGGGAUUGGGCAAGACUGUCCAGACCAUAGUUUUUCUCUACUCCCUCUACAAGGAAGGACACUCCAAGGGGCCAUUCUUGGUGAGUGCCCCCCUCUCUACAAUUAUCAACUGGGAGCGUGAGUUUGAGCUGUGGGCGCCGGACUUCUACGUUGUGACCUACACUGGCGACAAGGAAAGCCGGUCCGUCAUUCGAGAGAACGAGUUUACCUUCGAGGACAGCAACGUGAAGUCAAAUCGCAAGGUUUUUCGCAUGAAGAAGGACACGCCAAUCAAAUUCCAUGUGCUGCUAACAUCCUACGAGCUCAUCACUAUCGAUCAAGCCGUCCUAGGGUCCAUCAGCUGGGCCUGCCUGGUGGUGGACGAGGCUCACAGGCUGAAGAACAACCAGUCAAAGUUUUUCAGAAUCCUCAAUGGCUACAAGAUCUACUACAAGCUGCUCCUCACGGGGACCCCUCUGCAGAACAACCUUGAGGAGCUCUUUCAUCUGCUCAACUUCCUCACACCCGAGCGCUUCAACAACCUGGAAGGCUUCCUGGAGGAGUUUGCCGACAUCUCCAAGGAGGACCAAAUCAAGAAGCUGCACGACCUCCUGGGGCCGCAUAUGCUGCGCAGGCUGAAGGCCGAUGUCUUCAAGAACAUGCCGGCCAAGACAGAGCUGAUUGUGCGAGUGGAGCUCAGUCCCAUGCAGAAGAAGUAUUACAAGUUCAUCCUGACGCGGAAUUUUGAAGCGCUGAACUCCAAGGGUGGAGGGAACCAGGUGUCGCUGCUCAACAUCAUGAUGGACCUGAAGAAAUGCUGCAACCACCCCUACCUGUUCCCAGUGGCCGCUGUGGAAGCCCCCGUUCUGCCCAAUGGCUCCUACGAUGGGAACCUGCUGGUGAAGUCCUCAGGGAAGCUGACUCUGCUGCAGAAGAUGCUGAAGAAACUCAAAGAUGAAGGACACAGGGUUCUCAUCUUCUCCCAGAUGACCAAGAUGCUGGACUUGCUGGAGGACUUCCUGGAAUAUGAGGGCUACAAAUAUGAGCGAAUAGAUGGGGGCAUCACAGGGGGCCUGCGGCAGGAGGCCAUCGACCGCUUCAAUGCUCCUGGAGCUCAGCAGUUUUGUUUCCUGCUGUCGACCCGAGCCGGCGGACUGGGAAUCAACCUGGCCUCUGCCGACACGGUCGUCAUCUACGACUCGGACUGGAACCCGCACAACGACAUCCAGGCUUUCAGCCGAGCUCACCGGAUUGGCCAGAACAGGAAGGUGAUGAUCUACCGGUUUGUAACACGGGCCUCAGUAGAGGAGCGCAUCACGCAGGUGGCCAAGCGCAAGAUGAUGCUGACCCACCUGGUGGUGCGGCCCGGCCUGGGCUCCAAGACGGGCUCCAUGUCUAAGCAGGAGCUGGACGACAUCCUGAAGUUCGGCACUGAAGAGCUCUUCAAGGACGACGUGGAGGCUAUCGGGGACAGUAAGGAUGGAGAAGAAGGCAGCGUGAUUCACUACGAUGACAAUGCGAUUUCCAAGCUGUUGGACCGCAGCCAGGACGCCACCGAAGACACGGAAAUCCAGAACAUGAAUGAGUACCUGAGCUCCUUCAAGGUGGCCCAGUACGUGGUGCGGGAGGAGGAUGGAGAGGAGGAGGUGCAGCGGGAGAUCAUCAAGCAGGAGGAAAACGUCGACCCUGACUACUGGGAGAAGCUACUGAGGCACCAUUACGAGCAGCAGCAGGAGGACCUGGCGCGCAACCUGGGCAAAGGCAAGCGGGUUCGAAAGCAGGUCAACUACAACGACACCUCACAGGAAGACCAAGAAUGGCAGGAUGAUCUUUCAGACAACCAGUCUGAAUACUCGGUGGGGUCCGAGGACGAGGAUGAGGAUUUCGAGGAGCGCCCAGAAGGGGGGCGGCGUCAGUCUCGCAGACAGCUGAAGAGCGACCGUGACAAACCUUUGCCACCCCUGCUGGCUCGAGUUGGAGGCAACAUUGAGGUGCUGGGCUUCAAUGCCCGACAGAGAAAGGCCUUCCUGAAUGCCAUUAUGCGCUGGGGCAUGCCCCCCCAGGACGCCUUCAACUCCCAUUGGCUGGUCCGGGACCUGAGGGGCAAAAGCGAGAAGGAGUUCCGGGCCUACGUGUCCCUAUUCAUGAGGCACCUGUGUGAGCCCGGAGCCGACGGGGCGGAGACCUUCGCCGACGGCGUCCCGCGGGAGGGUCUGUCCCGACAGCACGUCCUCACCAGGAUCGGGGUCAUGUCGCUGGUCCGGAAGAAGGUGCAGGAAUUCGAGCACGUCAACGGCAAAUACAGCACGCCGGACCUGAUCCCCGAGGGGGUGGAGCUGAAGAAGCUGACGGAGAGCCUGUCCUCAGACCCCAACACGCCCGUCCCGGCCAGUCCGGCGGCCACACAGCCCGGCACCCCCGUGCCCCCAGAGAAGGCGGAGUCUCUCUCUGGACCCUCUGAAGAGAAGGAAAUGGUGGAGCAGGAUGGCAAGAAGGCGCCUGAGUCUGAAAACAAGACUCUCCCCAGUUUGGAGUCGUCCCCCAGGCCUGACAAGCCCACUGACAGUGAGGAGCCCAGAGUCAAGGCGUCUGAGGAGAGACAGCCUGAGGAGAACUCAAAAGCAGACUCACCCCCGAAGCCUGAGUCUUCUACGAAUCAGAGCCAGCCUUCCUCCAGUCACAUGGAGACCUCCUCCAAUCAGGCACAGUCAGCCUCGAAGCAGACAGAGUCGCCCUCCAAUCAAAGCAAAACAGGGGAGCCAUCCCGAGAGGCAGAGAGGCCAUCGGAGAAGGGAGACAGCGAGCCGCCCGCUGUGCGGUCCGAGGAGAAGGAAUGCAAACCAGCACCCAGGGCAGAAGCAAAGACUGAGGAUGCAGCCGAGGGCCAAGUAAACGGGGAGAAGGAGAUCCGUGAUGAGAUGGACGACGGCAGGAGGGAAGACAGGGGCUGCUACAAGAACAAGUUCAUGUUCAACAUCGCAGAUGGGGGCUUCACAGAGCUUCACACAUUGUGGCAGAAUGAGGAGCGUGCUGCCAUGACCUCGGGCAAGAUGUACGAUAUCUGGCACCGCCGGCACGACUACUGGCUGCUGGCUGGCAUUGUCACACACGGCUAUGCCCGCUGGCAGGACAUCCAGAAUGACCCUCGCUACGCCAUCCUCAACGAGCCCUUCAAGACCGAGAUGCACAAGGGCAACUACCUGGAAAUGAAGAACAAGUUCCUGGCACGUCGGUUCAAGCUUCUGGAGCAGGCGCUGGUGAUCGAGGAGCAGCUGCGGCGGGCGGCCUACCUGAACAUGACGCAGGACCCCGUGCACCCCGCCAUGGCGCUGAACACGCGCUUCGCCGAGGUCGAGUGCCUGGCCGAGUCGCACCAGCACCUGAGCAAGGAGUCGCUGGCGGGAAACAAGCCGGCCAACGCCGUGCUGCACAAAGUGCUGAACCAGCUGGAGGAGCUGUUGAGCGACAUGAAGGCGGAUGUGACGCGGCUGCCCUCCAUGCUGUCGCGCAUCCCGCCCGUCUCCGCACGCCUGCAGAUGUCGGAGAGGAGCAUCCUCAGCCGCCUCACCAGCCGCGGCAAUGAGCCGCCGCCCCAGCAGCCUUUUCCCCAGGGCUCCUUCAGCUGUGCGCAGAUGUACAGCACUGGCUUUGCCAGUGGUCUCCGUGGCCCAGGAGGGGGCGCUAUGGUCAACUACAGCCAAAUGCCCCUAGGACCCUAUGUCAGCGUGUCGACCAACGGCCCCCCUCCUCCCAGCCAGCUAGACAAGAAGCCAGGCGACAGCCUGCGGGACGUGGUGACCCCUGACCUGAAGAUGGGGAAGGCCAGUGAUGUCAUCUGCAUUGAGGACUGACCCAGCUGCUCAGGGGCCGAACGACACCAACCAGCACCGGCCUCUUUGGGGUCCUCCUCAGCGUCACUCUGCCAUGGCACAUGCUUCUUCUUCUGCUCCUUGACUUUAUUUUCCCGAUUCUGUUUUUGGGAGGCGGGGUCUGGUGGGAGGCGGGACUUGGAGGGAGGCG